GAUCUCUAAGGAUGUAGAUUAAGCUGUGGAGGUUUUCAUGCUAUCUGGCAAGCAAGAGCCAUUAUCAGAGUUCAAGGACGCAUUUCAGCCAAGCGCUGGCUCGCACACUCAAGGAGGGUGUGAACAAAACUGGUGGGAGCAGGUGAGGCAGCACCAUGCCGCCCUCCAAAGAUGUUGUGAAAAUUGCUGUCCAGAUGAUGGGCGCCAUCCCCCAGCUCAUUGAGCUUAAUCAGGCCAAGCCACUGUCAGCAGUUGUGAAAGAGGUCUGCGAUGCGUGGAACUUGAAUAAUUCGGAGCGCUAUGCUCUGCAGUAUGUGGACGGGCAGCAAGCAUACAUCACAGAAUCGAAUCGCGGGGAGAUUAAGAACGGGAGCAUCCUGCAACUGACCACUGCUCCGGACCAAGAGGCAGCAAAGCUACAUGGUGGGAUUCAAAGCAACAACGUGGACGUGAAGUCUGAGUCUUUGAAGAAGCUGGCAGGCCUCUCCCGAGACGUCGCCUUUGCCCAGGAGUUCAUUAGCAGAAACGGCCUCAACCAGCUCUUCCUCAUUGUGGAAGAAGACAACAAUAUAGGGGAGAUUCUAGCCUAUGCUCUGAAGGUUGUGGAGCUGAUGGAGCACGAUUUCGUUUCCUGGGAGACUCUCAGUCCGGCAUUCAUCAAAAAGAUCGUGAGCUAUGUCAACAUAGUCCCGAUGGAUGCUUCAAUCCAGCAGAUUUCAUUGGCCAUCUUGGAGAACAUGGUGCCAACCAGCCAUUCUCUCUUUGAGCUGGUCACAGUGACUCUGGAUCGUCUCAUUGGCCUUUUGCAAGUAACGAACCAGCAGCUGCAGCUGAAAGCCAUGGCUCUUCUUAUUGCUCUGCUCCUCAAUGCCAAAGAGCCCGACAGGAGGGGCAUGAUGGAGUAUCUGGGGAGGAAGAACCUCCGGCAAUUUAUCCACAAGAACAUCAUCCAUGCCUCUGAGCCCAUUGGGGAUGAGAUGGCCCACUACCUCUAUGUGCUGCAGUCUCUCACGCUCCUCCUGGAGCAGAAGAUGAGGACCCCUAUGGACCCUUUUUUACAGGAUCAGAGGGAGCUCCUCCAGUCCCUGCGCCAUGCAGCCUUUGUCUCCGAGAACGAAUCCUACGCCAGCAGCUCUAACGCCGAGCGCCGGCACUCCCUUUGUGCCAAGGAGUUCCGCAAGCUGGGCUUUGUGAAUAACACUAACCCUGCCCUGGAUUUGCAGCGCAGCCCUCCAGGGCUCCUUGCUCUAGACAGCAUGGUCUAUUUCUCCAGACACUUCCCAAGUGCCUACAGCAGGUUCAUUCUUGAGAACAGCAGCCGAGAAGAUAAGCACGAGUGCCCAUUUGCCCGGGGUAGCAUCCAGCUCUGCUUCAUGCUCUGUGAGAUCCUUCACUUGGGGGAGCCUUGCUCUGAGACAGCCCAGGCCUUCUACCCCAUGUUUUUUGGCCAAGAAAUUUUUGAGGAACUCUUCUGCAUCUGCAUCCAGUUGUUGAACAAGACCUGGAAGGAGAUGCGUGCGACACAGGAAGACUUUGACAAGGUGAUGCAGGUGGUUCGGGAGCAGAUCACCAGAAUCCUCACCCUAAGGCCCACUUCGCUGGAGCUCUUCAAGAGUCGAGUGAAUAGCCUAAACUACAGCGAGAUCCUGCGUCUUCGGCAGACGGAGCGGAUGCACCAGGAGGAGAUCCUAGCUGCGCCGGAAUUGAGAGAGCGCAUGAAACCUGAGCUUCUCAAGCUGAUCCAACAGCAGAGACUCCUCCACCUCUGCGAAGGGACGCUCUUCCGCAAAAUUAGCAGCCGACGGAGACAGGAUAAGCUCUGGUUCUGCCGCCUUUCUCCCAACCACAAAUUUCUGCACUACGGAGAUGUUGAAGAGGGCAUAGAAAGUCUGCCAAUUGAGAGCCUGCCAGAGAAAGUUCCUGUGGCAGAUAUGAAAGCAUUGCUUACUGGCCGGGAAUGCCCACAAACCAAGGAGAAGAGCUCUGGCAAACAGAACAAGGAUCUCCUAGACCUUGCCUUUUCCAUCAGCUAUGAUGUUGGGGAACAUUUGAAUUUCAUUGCUCCUACGCGCUAUGAGUUCUGCUUAUGGACCGAUGGGUUGAACGUGCUCCUGGGCCGAGAGAUGGCGAGCGAACGGACGCAGAGCGACCUGGACAUCUUGCUGUCUAUGGAGCUCAAACUGCGGUUGCUGGAUCUGGAGAACAUCCCCAUCCCAGAUGCUCCACCAGCCAUCCCAAAGCCCCCCAGCAACUUAAACUUCUGCUAUGAUUUCACCCAUAUAGAACAGUAAAGCUUCCUCUUUCUAGCA